CAAAUCAGAUCAAAAUUCACUCCAAUUUUCUCGCGUUUUCUCACCAAAUUUUCCUUCUUCUUCGUCUUCCCCAAUGGCCACCACCUCGUUCCUCUCGAGCUUGAAGUACUCAGACGGCCUAACAGUGGUGGGCAUCUCGUUCUGCACCGCCAUAGUCUGCGAGGCGAUCUCAUGGGUCCUCAUCUACCGCACCAACUCCUACAAGUCCCUCCGCUCCUCCAUUGACAAAGCCGCGAAGAAGCUCGAGACCAUGAAGACCGAUCCGGCCAUCAAAAUCGCCAAGAAGUCCAAGACCAAGAAGAUCGACCGGGUAGAGACGAGCUUGAAAGAAUCGAGCCGCGACCUCUCGCUCUUCAAGUUCAAAUCCGGCGCCGUCGUCGCGCUCGUGCUGUUCGUCGUCUUUGGGCUGCUCAACUCGCUGUUUGAGGGGAAGGUGGUGGCCAAAUUACCGUUUAAGCCCUUUGGGUUGGUGAUGAAGAUGAGCCACAGAGGGUUGCAAGGGGAAGAUUCGACGGACUGUUCGAUGGCGUUUUUGUACUUCCUCUGCUCGAUUAGCAUUCGGACAAAUUUGCAGAAGUUCUUAGGCUUCUCGCCUCCGAGAGGUGCCAGUUCCGGGUUGUUCCCCAUGCCCGACCCGAAAACCAAUUGAUGGGUCCAUGGCUCGGGGCUCCACUGCACACUGGGUUUGUUCUAAAUCUUAGUUUUACUUAUUGCUAGGUUCUCAUUGUUAUUGUUCUAAUUAGUGUUGUAGUUCUCUAAUGACAAUUAAGUUGAAUUUGAGCUGCUUUAUAAUUUUCUCAUCAUUGGGUCUCUAAAAAA